CGCGCGGAUCUCGGCGCGGUAGGACUCCUUCCUAGCUAGCAGGGGGCGCCCAUGGACAAGGCCUGCCGCCAGAGCCUGAGCUAGGACCACUUCCCAGGGACUGCCCAGGCCCCCUCUGCUCUGACCCUUCUGCUGGCAAGUCUGGGCAUCCGACGCCAGGAGGAGGGAGCUAUCGGCCGGACAAAACUGAGAACGCCGUCACCAUGACAACCGGUCACGAGCCUCAGGACAGCCGGCCAGCAGCUUCCAGCUCCUCCUCCCAUCACUCUGGGGAAAUCAUUGGCGGCACCCCUAGUUCCGGAGCACAUCUGGCAGAACUGCCCUCUCCCUCAGGCCUGGCCCUGCCUCAGAUGACCCUGGCCCACCCUGGUCCUUGAACUGACCUUCCUCUCAUUUCCCCGCCUCUGGAGCCUAUACGCUCCUUUCAGUUAGACCCACAACGGUACAAAGCCGUCUGGCUUAUCUUCUUCAUGCUGGGUCUGGGGACGCUGCUCCCGUGGAAUUUUUUCAUGACGGCCACUAGGUAUUUCACAAACCGCCUGGACGAGACCCAGAAUAUGUCCUUGGUCACUGCUGAAAACAGCAAGGACUUCCAGCCCUCAGCCACCCCCACUGUACCCUCCCCAGAGCGGAAUUAUCUCAGCGCCCUCUUCAACAAUGUCAUGACCUUAUGUGCCAUGUUGCCCUUGCUGUUUUUCACCUGCCUUAACUCUUUCCUGCAUCAGAGGAUCCCCCAGUCUGUUCGGAUCCUGGGCAGCCUGAUAGCCAUCCUGUUGGUGUUCUUGAUCACUGCUGUCCUGGUAAAGGUGCAUCUGGAUGCCGUGUCCUUCUUCGUCAUCACCAUGAUCAAGAUCAUGCUUAUUAACUCAUUCGGUGCCAUCCUGCAGGGCAGCCUGUUUGGUCUGGCUGGCCUCCUGCCCACCAGCUACACUGCCCCCAUCAUGAGUGGCCAGGGCCUGGCAGGCUUCUUCGCCUCGGUGGCCAUGAUCUGCGCCAUCGCCAGUGGCUCGGAGCUGUCAGAAAGUGCCUUUGGCUAUUUUAUCACGGCCUGUGGGGUUAUCGUUUUGGCCAUCAUCUGUUACCUAGGCCUGCCCCGACUGGAAUUCUACCGCUACUACCAGCAGCUCAAGCUUGAAGGGCCUGGAGAGCAGGAGACCAAGUUGGAUCUCAUUAGUAAAGGAGAGGACCUAAAAGCAAACAAAGAGGAGUCCAGAGUUCCAGCCCCCAACUCUGAGUCCACCAACCAAGGCCACUCUAUCCGAGCCAUCCUCAGAAACAUCUUAGUCCCGGCUCUCUCCGUCUGCUUCAUCUUCACGGUCACCAUUGGGAUGUUUCCCGCUGUGACUGCUGAGGUCCAAUCCAGCAUUGCGGGCAACAGUGCCUGGGGAGCCUACUUCAUUCCUGUGUCUUGUUUCUUGACUUUCAAUGUCUUCGACUGGCUGGGCCGGAGCCUCACAGCUAUAUUUACAUGGCCUGGGAAGGACAGCCACUGGCUGCCAAGCCUGGUGCUGGCCCGGAUAUUGUUUGUGCCCCUGCUGCUGCUGUGCAAUGUCCAGCCCCGCCGGUACCUGGCUGUGGUCUUCGAGCACGACGCCUGGUUCAUCAUCUUCAUGGCUGCCUUCGCCUUCUCCAAUGGCUACCUCGCCAGUCUCUGCAUGUGCUUCGGGCCCAAGAAAGUGAAGCCGGCUGAGGCAGAGACAGCUGGAGCCAUCAUGGCCUUCUUUCUGUCUCUGGGCUUGGCACUGGGGGCUGUCUUCUCCUUCCUGUUCCGGUCAAUUGUGUGACCACGGAUGGAUAGAAGGACUGCAGUGGCCACCUGCUCCUGCCCCCUUUCUUCUCCUUCAGGGACGGGCAGGAGUUUGGAGGUUUUCUCUUCUAGCUAGCCAGCUUCUUCUUUCUCACGGCCUGUUCUGGGCCCAGGUGUCCAGGCCCUGAGGAGGGAACCUCUGUGGAUGGACAGUGGGGACAUUGUGAGCCUGAGGGUCAGAAUCAAGGGAAGGGAUACAGUCUCUACAGUCUCUGCAUCUGCUCAAGGGCUGCCCCCCCCCCCCCUUGGUUCUGACUGAUCCUUGCUUGAGCAGGGGAAGCAGAGACUCCUGGGCUCAGAGUGUGUGUGUGUGUGUGUGUGUGUGUGUGUGUGUGUGUGUUCAUCUGCCUAUACCAGGGGUGGCUAGGGGGCAGGACUGUCUGUUCUAAAGUCCAGUCUGACAUUUCCAUCCCCCUUCUCCCUAUGUGCCUCCUCCCCUCACAUCUCUGUGUCCCUCCCCUCCUCCCCUGCCUUGUUGUUACCCAUCAUGCACCUUGUACAGUUGCCAUUUUAUGCCUUUUUUUAUAUUCAACAGAAACCAGGUGCCUUCAGAGGCUCUCUGAUAAAAUAAAACUUUUUUUUUUUUC